AUGGUGAGUUUCUCCAAGCGCAAAUCCAGUCUGUUAAAAAAUGUGAGUGAGUUUCAGAAAUUGACGGGACAAGAGGUUGGCGCCGUAGUCUUCUCCCCCGCCGGUCAAAUGUACACCUCCAUCAACGACAACAACAACAACGGGGGGCCCUCCUCCUUUGACGUUAUUGUUGACCGAAUCCUGCAAGUUGGCGAUCCCUCCACCUCGACGAUACAAUUACAACAAGAUAUCAGGAUGAGGACGACGACGAAGACUAGGGAAUCAUCCGACAAGGACGACGACUCUGCGUUUCUGAUCGGAUGGAUUCUCAAUGCAAUAGGUUUCGAUGAUCAUGAUCUUGUUGAGUCCAAUGAUUUACAAUUACUGGCGUCCAAGAUGGCGGAUCUCGAGAGGAUUAAAGAGGAGGUCGACAGCCGCAUAACUUCUUCUUAA